UUUGGGAUUCUUGAAAAUAUGGAAUCGAGUUUUCCUUUCAUCAAUCAAGCACUCCUUAUCACUGAUCAACCCUUUAUGACUUUUCACCAUUUCCUAGCAGCAUCAGCCUGUGUCCUCAUAGCAAUCUUUGGUUACUAUUUCUUCAAACCAAGAUGUAUUAUAUACCUCAUUGACUUCUCAUGUUAUCAACCUCCUGACUUCUUGCGAGCUCCAGUCUCCAAUUUCAUUGAGCAUCUGACCAUAUCCGGUGUUUUUGAUCAAGAAAGUCUUGAUCUUCAGCAGAAGGUUUUAGAGCGAUCAGGGAUUAGUGAUGACGCGAGUGUCCCUGCCUCAGUCCAUGAGAUUCCACCAAACGCUUCUCUCCCUGCAGCAAGAGAAGAAACUCAUGAGAUUCUCUUCACUAUUGUCGAAGACCUUUUCUCAAAGCAUGAGAUAGAUCCAAGGAGUAUUGACAUCCUUGUGUCUAACUGUAGCCUUUUCUGUCCUUCUCCAUCCAUAACAUCUAUGAUCAUAAACCGGUUUGGCAUGAGGAGUGACAUAAAGAGCUUCAGCUUGAGUGGUAUGGGCUGCAGCGCUGGGAUUCUUUCGGUUAAUCUUGUUAAAGAUCUUAUGAAGAUUCAUGGUGACUCUUUGGCUCUAGUGUUGAGCAUGGAAGCUGUGAGUCCAAAUGGUUAUAGAGGGAAGUCUAAGUCAAUGCUCAUUGCAAACACCAUCUUCAGAAUGGGUGGAGCUGCGAUUCUUCUAUCUAACAAGAAGCAAGAUAUGCAUAAGGCGAAAUACAAACUCCAGCAUCUUAUUAGAACUCACGUCGGAUCAGACAAUGAAUCCUACGAGAGUGUAAUGCAGAAAGUUGAUGAAGAAGGGAAAGUAGGAGUAGCAUUGUCCAAGCAGCUUGUGAGGGUAGCAUCAAAGGCCUUAAAGAUCAACGUUGUGGAGUUAGGCCCUCGGGUUCUACCUUACUCAGAGCAGCUCAAGUACAUAAUCUCAUUUCUUCAAAGAAAAUGGGGAAGGCACAAGGAGAUAUACACACCCAACUUCAAGAAAGCUUUUGAGCAUUUCUGUAUACAUGCCGGAGGAAGGGCGAUCAUCGAAGGCGUGGAGAAGCAUCUGAAGCUGGACAAGGAAGACGUAGAAGCUUCACGGUCAACUCUGUACCGUUAUGGAAACACAUCUUCGUCUUCGCUGUGGUAUGAGCUGCAGUACCUAGAAGCUAAAGGUAGAAUGAAGAAGGGAGAUAAAGUAUGGCAGAUCGGGUUUGGAAGUGGCUUUAAGGCUAACAGUGCUGUCUGGAAAUGCAUUUCUGAGAUCGAUUCAAGAGAUAGGAAUGCAUGGUCUGAUCGAAUCCAUUUGUAUCCGGUCUGUGGAGAUGCUUCAAGUGAAUUGAGGACAGAGCUCCUUUCUUGACAUUGAU